GGCGCGUACCUGAUUUGUUUAUAAUUUUCAUUAAGAAAAUUUUGUAAUUAUACGAGUAUAAUUAAGUAUGUGACGUUUUGCGGUACGGAAAAACUAAGGAAAAAGCUCCAGAAUAAAAUAAACGCUGGUGGAGAAUGAAUAUGCAAGAAAAAUACGGGAAAAUAACUUGCGCUGACUGACGGCCGUCCGACGGUAAAUAGCCCGCGGAGAUGAUCGUGACCGGCCUGACUCCGCUGCCAUGCGACACAGCGCUUUUUUCAAUGGCAGUUAUGACGCGCAGUAUGCAGUACAAACCAAAUCUACAUGCGACGAUUUCAGUUUUUUUUCCAGCAAACAAACAUUUUUUGUAAUUAUCCCCAAGAGCGAUCUUUUGUCUCUACCUCGUCCGACGGUGACGACACGCGAUGGCGAUGGAGGGGAGAAAUCGCCUUCCGGUGCCGGUGCACCUGGACAUGGGAGCGGCCGGUGGGGCGCCUCAGUAUCCGCGGGACCGGCACGGAUCACUGGCGUAUUCGCUGCACACCAAUCCACUGCUGGUGGAGCCGUCUCGCAAUGGGCGUCAGCGCGCCAGUGAUGCGGCCAUGCGCCCCGGCUCUCCUCACGGGCGCGAUACCGAUCCUGCCAAUUCUCCCCGGCCCGCAGGCGCCAACAACAACCGGGCGGGAGGACAGCGACCAGCCAAGCAGAGCACAUUACGGGAUUUUUUCGGGCGGCGCGGGCGCAUGGACGAGCACUACCGGCGCCUGUCCGGGCAGUCCGGCAGCAGCAGUGAGGUCAUGAUCAGCCAGGACGUGGGCGACGCCUAUGACGGUUGGGAGCCCGGGAUGCCGGUGCCCGACCUCGAACCGACAGGGGCGCCCCCGCCAGCCCUGCCGCAGUACGACGAGCGCCAGCAGCGCUGGUUCCGCAACAACGAAUCCUACCAGCCCAGCCGCCACCCCGACUCCUUCCACAUCCGCCAGGCCAACUGCACGCAGCACCCCUACGCCUGGGCCCGCAACGGCCUCUGCCGCGCCUGCGGUCUGCCCUGGAGACUCUAGCCGCGGAAGAAACCUUCCACUGCAAACCGGCGCGAUUCGUCGCCCUUGAGUUUUCGAAGCGGAAUAUUUCUAUAGCAACUGUCGAGAAUGUUUUCUUUUUCCGGAACGACGUCCGGAUAUGGUUAUAACAUUUUGCAAUGUAAAUUCGUAAUAAUUUCAUAUAGACGUACCUAUGGAAGCGGCUAGUAUACACAGCCGGCACUUGUGACCUUUCGAGUUUUUCUUAAGAAUUUAUGACGAGGCAUGUGCUUGCGACUCUACCCGUGUAAAUACUUCAAACACGGCGUAAUCAGCACACAGAACACUUAUUCUCUUUG